AUGAAGUUCGUGAAGAGUAUUCGCGACGACGGAGUCUUCUACUGUUUCACUGCAUUCCCGGGUCAGUCCAACCCAACCGAUGGCUUGCAUUGUGUGAUGCGGUUAGAGAGGGAUGCCGUCAAAGAGACGCGGUUUAGCGCAUUAGCCGUCACUCAUCUGUAUGUGAUUUGUGGCGAGUGUUUGGUGACCGCCGAGAACGGCAAGCAAAAGAAGUCAGUAGAAACGGGUCACGAGAUACUGAUCCCGGCCCACACCAGGUAUCAGAUCGAGAAUAAAUCGAUAUCGGGUGAGUUGCCUGUAAUGAUAUCGUGUCCAGACGAACAAAUAGUCAUUGAAUUAACGGACGACAAGAACUUUAUUAUUUGCAAAUACGAGUCAAAUGCUCACAACUUCUUAUACCCGAGACCUCAGUUGCGGCCGAAGUAUAGCCAAUCGAGUCGUUCUCUUCUUAUGGACUCUUGUCUUCUGCCGAUUGCACCCAAACUCGAGUUUCAGAUCAUUAACACCAUUACCCAAGAAGUAAAUGAAUGCGAUACAGACAAAGAUAUCGACACUUAUGAAUCAAACUCUGUUGAAUCACAUCCAGAAUCGGAGGACAAUAGUCUUAGAUUUUAA